AAGUGACUCAGGUGAGAGUGGCGUGGGUUGAACAGUCUUCACCGUUCAGAGCGAUGUGAAGGUCCAAGCCUCGAUCCGAAGAACUCCUUCGAUUUUCUUGCUGAUUCACUGCUGCCAAACAAGGAGAGAAGAAGAGGAAGAAGAGAAAGAGGAAGAGGAAGAAGAAGAGGAAGAGGAGGAGGAGGAGGAGGAGGAGGAAGAGAAUUUGGUAUUUGUUACUGUGUAAGAAUACACACACUGGUUUCUGUUUCUCUCGACCUUUUCAAAACAUCCGUUCUUGUUCUCUCUCUUUUGUUCACUUCCUCCAGGGCGAUCUGUAGGAAAUGGAAACGAUUUAGACUCGGCAAAGGGGUAUUUUGAGAGGAGUGGCUGAGAUUCUGGAGACUGGGAGUCGAUGGCGGUGGUUGAGAAUGCCGGAGUCGAUUUGGGGAUGAGCAUGGGCUCAUCGAGUAGAAACCUCGAAAGUACCGCAGCUGUGGAAUCUAGCAUUUCCAGUGAUCAGGGCCAGACCAAGCAAAACCACGUUAGGGCUCGUCUUGCUGAUCCCAGCUUUCACCAGCAGAAUAACAAUGUCCCCAUUCUUCCGACGCACGAUCAGGCUCUCUACGUGAAGAUGCAGCAGUUCCAGCAGCACCAUCAGCAGAAUCUGCAUGCUCAUCAUCGUUCCAACGGCGAUGAAUUGCAUAUGAAUGGGGAUUCUGGGAACUUCAAAGCAGACAUGAGGGACUUGGAGGAGCUAUUCUCGAAGUUGAAUCCUAUGGCUGAAGAAUUUGUGCCUCCAUCAUUAUCUAACCAUGGAUCAAACGGUCACCUCUACACAGACAACCCAAAUUUGACGAGGAAUGGAUAUUUUAAUGGCAACAUUGGUCGACGGAAGAGGAAUGGCUAUGUUCCAGGAAAGCGGAGGAUGAACAGUCGGACAAGUAUGGCUCAGCGGGAAGAAAUAAUUCGGAGGACUGUAUACGUGUCUGACAUUGAUCAACAGGUCACUGAAGAGCAGCUUGCAGCUCUAUUUAUCAGUUGUGGGCAGGUCGUUGAUUGCCGUGUAUGUGGUGACCCGAAUUCUGUCCUGCGUUUUGCUUUUGUUGAGUUUACUGAUGAGGAAGGUGCACGGGCUGCUUUGAAUCUAGCAGGAACUAUGCUUGGAUAUUAUCCUGUAAGGGUGCUGCCCUCUAAAACAGCAAUUGCACCAGUUAACCCAACAUUUUUGCCUAGGUCUGAAGAUGAACGAGAGAUGUGUGCAAGAACCAUUUACUGCACAAAUAUUGAUAAGAAGAUUACACAAGGAGAUGUGAAGAUAUUUUUUGAAUCAGUUUGUGGAGAGGUUAAUCGCAUAAGGCUUCUUGGAGACUAUCACCAUUCUACUCGGAUUGCUUUUGUUGAGUUCGUAAUGGCUGAAAGUGCUAUUGCUGCUCUCAACUGUAGUGGGGUGAUUUUGGGUUCAUUACCAAUAAGGUCGAAGGCCAUGCUGCUUCUACUUUUUUCUGUUUUCAGCUUGCUGUGUUCUGCUUAUUUAUUAUAAUAUAAUCUGUUUUGUUAUGCAUAAUCAGGGUAAGCCCAUCAAAGACACCUGUUCGGCCGCGUGCUCCUCGGUUGCCUAUUCAUUGAACUGUCUAUGCAGCUCCGAGAGUGUAUAAACGCCCAUGUAAAGAUGCUUUACCAUAAUCAUGGUCUGUCCAUUUCAUAUAUAAAUAUAUAUACACACACACAUAUGUUGUGUUCUUGGCUUCCAUGCCAUGAAACUUGGUAUUUGUAGGAGUUAUGUUUAUUCUAGUGAGUAUAGAGGUGAAUGGAACUUCGAGGCUAUGGAUAAAAAAAUAUAUGUUUAUGGUACCAAACUUUGGUAUUGUUUGUCUGCAAAUUGAACCCCCUUAGCUGUUUCAAAA